AUGGCCGACAUGUCCACACUCUCCCAGCUGCUCGAGGCCAGCUUAGACCCCCGGCGCAACAAAGAAGCGGAGCAGGCAAUUCUGCACGAGGCAAGCAAGCCGGGCUUUUCCCUCACACUUCUCCACAUCGUCGCAUCCGAUGCAGCUCCGCAGAACACUCGACUCGCAAGUGCGCUCUACUUCAAGAACCACAUAAAACGAAGCUGGGUGGACGAAGAUGGCAAUUACAAGCUGCCCGCGGACGAGGUCGUCGCUAUCAAGCGCGAGCUGAUAGGCUUGAUGGUUUCAGUACCACCCAACCUCCAGUCGCAACUUGGCGAAGCAAUCGCCGCCAUUGCUGAGAGCGAUUUCUGGGAGCGCUGGGACACGCUGGUGGACGACUUGAUCUCCCGCCUCACACCCGACAACUCCACCGUCAAUAAUGGUGUCUUACAGGUCGCGCAUUCCGUCUUCAAGCGAUGGCGCCCUCUAUUCCGUUCCGACGACCUCUUCACCGAGAUCAACCACGUCCUGUCCAAGUUCAGCACUCCUUUUCUGCAACUGCUUGAGAACACCGACCGCGUCAUCACCGCCUCAGAAGGCAACCCCGCAGCCCUGAAACAAGCUUUUACGACACUCGACUUGAUAGUGAAGCUGUUCUACGACCUUUCCUGCCAAGACCUACCUCCUGUCUUCGAAGACCACAUCGCCAUCAUCGCUGGUCUUCUCCACAAGUACCUGAUCUACGACAACCCUUCGCUACGAACAGAUGACGAAUCGGAGUCAGGUCCCCAAGAAUACGUACGAGCUGGCAUUUUUGAGGCUCUUAUGCUCUACAUUCAGAAGUACGAGGACGUGUUUGGCUCUCAGCUGGGGCAAUUUGUUGACAGCACAUGGAAUUUCCUCAUGACGGUCGGCCUCGAAACCAAAUACGACAUCCUAGUCAGCAAAGCUCUGCAAUUCCUCACAGCGGUGGCCGCAACUCAACACGCCGAGAACUUCAACAAUCAAGAUGUACUCGUACAGGUUAUCGAAAAGGUCAUUCUCCCGAAUUUGACAUUGCGUGAGUCCGACGUCGAGCUGUUUGAGGACGAGCCGAUUGAGUUUAUUCGGAGAGAUCUGGAGGGCUCCGACAACGACACGCGCCGAAGAGCUGCAACCAACUUCCUCCGCCAGCUAAUGUCUCGCUUCGAAGGAUUGGUCACCAGCACUUCUCAGAAAUACAUCAAUGCCUAUCUGGAGAACUAUGCCAAGGAUCCAGCAUCGAACUGGAAAUCAAAAGACACUGCGGUGUAUCUUUUCACUGCGAUAGCUGCAAAGGGUACCGCGACUGCUGCGCAAGGUGUUCUUAGUGUCAACGAAAACGUCAACAUCCUCGACUUCUUCACGACACAUAUCGCGUCUGAUUUGCAGACAGAGGGAGCUGAGGCCAUCCUGAAGGUGGAUGCUAUCAAGUUCUUGUACGUUUUCCGAAGCCAGCUGUCAGCCGAGCACUGGCGGGCUGCCUUUCCGCUCCUCGUAAACCAGCUUGGCAACGAAAAUUACGUAAUUCAUACAUACGCCUCCAUCGCUGUGGAGCGGGUCUUGUUUAUGACAGAUGCCAACAAGCAGCCCAUCAUCCCUCGGUCUGAUGUUGUUGGUUCGUCGAAAGACCUCUUGGCCCACUUAUUCAAGCUCAUCACGAAGAAUUCCGCCCCAGAGAAGAUUCAGGAGAACGAAUUCUUGAUGAAGUGCGUAAUGCGUGUGCUCAUCUUCAUCCGAGAUGGUGUCCUGCCAAUUUGCGACACGAUCUUGAACAACUUCGUUGCAAUUGUCAAGGUCAUCAGACAUAACCCCAGCAAUCCCCGCUUCCAGUACUACUUGUUCGAAGGCAUUGGUGCGCUCGUACGUUUCGGUGCUCCCAAGUACCCGCAAGUCUUCGAGGAGAAGCUUUAUGAGCCCUUUGCAGCCUGUUUAUCCGAAGGCGUCGAAGAGUUUAGCCCUUACAUCUUUCAGCUCUUCUCCGCCUUGUUGGAGGCAAAUCCUUCAAGCGAACUGACCUCAUAUUACCGAAGCCUGUUCACUAUCAUCCUACAGGGAGCUAUCUGGGAGCAGCGCGGUAACGUACCUGCUCUUGCGCGCUUGCUGACUGCAAUGAUCGCCCGUGAUGCGCAACACAUCGUUUCCGAUAAGCAGGUUGAACCAAUCCUCGGCAUCUUUCAGAAGUUGAUCUCGGUCAAAGCACACGAGAGCUACGCAUUCGAGCUCAUUGAGGCUGUCAUUACCUACCUGCCACCACAGGUGUUGGAGCCCUACUUCGUCACCAUCCUUCAGCUCAUGCUUCAAAGGCUUUCCAACAUGAAAACUGAGAAUUUCCAGCAACGAUUUAUUGCAUUCUACCACUUCAUCUCUGCGCGACAGGACAAGGGACUGGGUACUGACUUUUUCAUCAAUGUCACCGACCAGAUCCAGCAUGACGUUUUUAAGCCCAUGUACCUCACUGUCAUCCUUCCAGAGACACAGAAACUUGCGCGCCCCACUGAUCGCAAGACUGCUGUCGUGUCCUUUACCAAGACGCUCGGUGACUCACAAGCAUUCGUCGACCGCUACCCCAAGGGCUGGACCUUCACCACUCAGCGUCUGAUCGAGCUUCUGGUCAACCCACCAGUCCCAACCAGCGCAGAUGACAUCAUCCCUGACGCCGAUGUCGAUGAGGUUGGCUUUGGCGUUGGCUUCACGCAGCUCAACACAUGCAAGAAGGCACCGCGUGAUCCUUUCCCCGAGAUCCCGGACGUCAAGGUGUGGGUUGGACAAUACCUCAAGGAUGCCAAUGCCAGACACAAUGGCAGGAUUGUCAAUAUUGUUCAGGAACGAUUAGACCCAGUGUCCAAGCAAGCACUGGCGGAAUACUUGCAGUAAUGGUCACAUGACCUACUGAUACAGGAUAAGGUGGUUGGAGCAAAAGUUGGGUCUUUGACGAGCCAUAGAGCAUAUGAUACCAGGAUAGCUAGCGAGGGAUUUUGUUCAUCAUAGAUUUGUAGGUAGCCGCUAAGAUCGCGUGAGCGAGCGCAUACU